GUCAACAUGUCCACUACAGUCUCUCAAACCGUUACAAUCCCACCCGAGAAUGUGGCUGGCGGGGGAAAAGCCACGGAGUACUGGUCUCGUUACCUUACGUCGGUGCUAACAAGGCUGUUCUCAUCGGUGGGAGGGUACACUCCGUCCGAGCAACAGGCGCAGAUAGAAUUCAUGCAGAAGCAUGUUGCACCUAUUGUAGGCCCCGUGCCGGCCGAGCCUUACGGCUUGUUCAACAUGCCGUACAUUCCAGCACCUCUGGAGGCCAGUGUCAACCUGACGACCAAAGGCAAGCCGAAGGCGCGUAUCUGGAUGAACCUCGGAAAGCCUCUGGAUCAGUCCCGGUUCGAGCCCAAUGCAGCGGAACGAGACAGCGAAGCUCUUCUCUCCAUUGCACGAGCAUCUGGCGCCGAUACCAGAUGGUUGGAGUGUCUCACAAAGGCCAUGUUUUUGACACCUUCUCAGCUUGAGGCCGUGCGCGCUCGAGGUGGACCCGCCUGGCCCUUCAGUCUCUUCUGUUUCGAUUUCACGGGCAUGGAUCGAACUAUGAGGGCAUACUUUCCAGCUGUUCCAAGAGGAGGACGGUCGCGCACCGAAGUUGGCCUGGACGCUAUUAAGAGCCUGAAGCCAUUUGGACCUAAUCUCGAGGCGGGUUUGAAUCUUGUUCAAUCGGCGCUCACAAGAGAUUUGGAAUACAGUUACCUUGAUGACAACAAGUACAAAGCCGGUAUCCACAUGCUGGGUGUCGACUGCCUCGAUCCCGAACAAGCUCGGGUCAAAAUUUACAUUGACGUCAAUAGCAACUCUUGGAAUGCAGCUAGCGACGUCAUGACCCUUGGCGGGCGCUUGACGGAUGCGACAUCAUUGAAGGCGGUUGAACUUUUGCAAUCAGUCUAUCACCUGAUGCGAGAUGAGCCUGAGGGUGUGGAUGAUGACUGGUCGAAGCCCAGCGCGGUUCCGGAUAGAUCUUUCCCCGGGCAACAGUUCAGCGUGGAAAUCACCGCCAAGAGUAGCAUACCCGAAAUGAAGAUCUAUGUGCCGCUGGUGCAGUACGCUGGAGACACUCAAAAAGCCGAGGAGAACAUGCAUCGCAUGCUUCAGAAGCUGGGCCAUGAAUGGGCAUCGAACGGAAAGUUGAAAGAGACCAUGACGGCUGUUAGUGCAUCCGAAUCGAUCCGCGGACUCGGCGUUGUUACCUUUUCCUACUCGGAGAAAAAGGGAUCAUAUUCCUCUGUUUACUUUGCCCCCCCUCCCGACUAUGCGGACAAGGUCGUGAUUGAGAGUCGAGGCCUCAGCGUGGUCUAAUCAGGAGUUGUCUGUGUUGUUGCUUCUUAUAGACCAGCUCUACUAUUCGCAACUAUCUAGUCAAUCAUUAAACAUUAUAGUUGCCUGA